GCUCUGAAGGAGUGGCAGAGACAGACUGAGACUCUCCCAUAUAAGCAGGAGUGUUCUGGAUAGAGGAAGAACUACAUCAGUAUCAUUGUUUGCUCAAAAGACCUGGAAUAUAUUUAUAUCCUACUAGGUUAAGACUUUAUUUUUUGUUCUCCUAUGUGGGUCUGAGGCUGACUUUAUGACGGAUCUACAAACAACUUGAAGAGAUCUACCACUGAGACACUUGGACUUCUUUGUUUUAACUUUAUACUCAUCCCCGCUACAGAGACAUGGUGCUCUGGAUUAUCUUCCCAAUCACCCUCUCCCUGGUGUCCCUCAUUGGAACAUGGACUGUCUAUGGCCUGGCCUUCUCCAACGGUCAUGUCUGCUCCCUCAGUGACUGGGGAAAUGGCAACUUCUGCCAAGUGAAUCAGUCCACUGGAUGUUGCUGGGUUCCUACCAUCAGCUCCAGUGGAACCUAUUCACCGGAGAAUUCUCUUUUUACAGCCACAAUCAACGCAGGAUCCUUUCUGUUUCUGCUGUUCUGUAUAUUCCACCACGCCCAUAUUAUGGAGAAACAUGGAUGUCAUUCCAUGCUUAGCAAGUUUGCGUUGGUGUUUGGUGUGGUGGCAGCUUUGGGGGCAUUUGCAGCUGGAAACUGCAAUCCGAGGCACCUGGCCCUCCCUCACUACCUCGGAGCUGCCAUCAGCUUCAUGUGCAUCUGCUUCUACACGAUUCUGCUCACUGCACUGACAAGGAAGUGUGUCCUGACAGGAUAUGAAAAAGUCCUCUACCCACUGCGUAUCACCUCCACCGUGGUACAAAUCAUCAUAACCAUCUGCUAUACCGUUUUGUUCGCCCAGGACAAGUACUACUACCUCCACCUGUCUGCUGUAUUUGAGUGGAUGCUGAGCGUUAACCUGGAGCUGUUUGAGCUCAGCUACGCCGUGGAGUUCUGCUUCUUCUCGUCCUUCAUGCUUUCAAAUUUGCUGAGCAAACGAGAUGAAGAAAAGCCUUUAAUGAUGUCCUGAUCAGGCAGCCAGGGUCCAGCUGAGACACACAGGCACCGAGGAUGGACUGAGUAAAACAUCUGUAAAUGCAGUGGCUGGAUCGUGGCUGGAGGACAGAUAGUGGUUUUUAUUUCAGUCUCCGCUGGGAUGGAUUUCCAACAGUUAAUGGACGAUGACCACUUUAAUUCCACUCUCUUGACACUGUUGCUGAACAUUGUAAGAUAUUUCUUACUGGACAUUUCUAUGCCAAAAGGUAAACCAUUCCAUAUUUAUUGACCAAACCACCGUGUACAGCAAAUGAACAAAACAUAUCAGUUGGAUUGUACUUUUGUGCAGGUCGAAUAGAUCAUUUGCCAACAGAACAAUUAACCUGAGGUGUUAAACUAAUAUAGAUCCUUUUUUGUGUGCAAUUUUGUUGAAAAACCAAUUAUGAACUAAGACUUCUUUGAAAUCCCAAAUUUAUAUUUAUAAAAAAUUGAUCUAAGCUGCUGCAUAAAGCUUUGGCACUUUAAUAAAACUAUGACCACUUUACUCACUGAGAAGUCCUGUUAUUGUACUGACAUAACUUUAAGGUUCUGUCAGGAGGGUAGAGGACUUGGUGAUACAAACAUUCAGGCACUUAAAGUUCCUGGAACGCCACAAGAUCCUGUUUGACUGGAUGAUUAACGCUGCGUGACGGUCAGACGGUUUGACAGUUUAAUCACUGUAAGAAAGAGACGUUGUGACCUUUUUGUCGAGUUACUGAUCCAGAAACAUGAUGUACAGUAUUUGUUACGUAGAGUCCUUACAGUGCUGUCAGUUUAGUUUCCAGUACAAGAUUUUUUUAUCUGCGGCCUGUUUAGUAUGUAAAGAAAAGUCACAGGAGUAAUGAUUUGUGAAUCUAAUUCACUUUGAGACCCUAAAAUCAUACUUUUCUCAGUUUCUUGAACAUAAACGCAGUAUUUUCAAUCGAAAUUUUGUUCACUUGAGAUCUUUGUAUCCUCCGUUUUGUGUUUCUCAGUGGAUUGAAGUGGACAGUAGAGUAGAAAAACAUGACAUAAAACACAGCUAACUAGAGUUUAGGAACAUUUAAUUGACCAUAGAAUAGCUGAGUUCCACUGUGAAACAAAAUAACUAUUUUCAGGACAAAAUUGGAGUGUUGCUUUCAUUAAUAUUUAAUGUUUUAAAGAAAGGCCUUUGAAAUGGCUAUAAACUCUAUGUACGAACAAUGAAACUAUGUGAAACUUGCUAUUCAUAAUAGCCAAUCUACUGGGGAUUAAUAGUAACUUCAGCAUGUCUUCAUAAAAAUGCUCUAAAUCCCCACUGUAUACUAGAUUCUCAGUAUCAGACACAAUUAACGUUUUUCUGGUGAACACGGUGGAGCUCUUAGCAGCUAAAGAGUCAGAAAUGUUCCCCAGGAGUCGGUAGAGACGAACAUCCGACUUACAAUUACCAGGACAUGAGUCCAAAUUAAUGUUCUUAUAUCUUAUCUGAUAUUACAAGAUUCAGUGCCACCCUUGACUGUGAAACCAUAAAAUGUUCACAAAAUGAGACAACCUAGUUCUGGUUUUAAUGCAAAGCACUUAACCUUUACUUGAAAGAAGGUAAUAUACAUCCUGGGAUUACAGAUAAUAAAGAUACAUUAUGAGCAAAAUCAUUGCACAAUGAAUAUCAUCUUUCUUUCGCAUCAACCAAGAGAGGAGUGCGACAAUAUCUACAGUUUUUGUUAGGAAGAAAACAGUGAAAAGCACACCUAAUUCUGUCAGCAUCUUUACUGUAUGGUACACUGUAAAAAAUGUCAUCUAUAUGCAGUAGUCCACAUUAUUAACCUUCAUAACAAAAAAGAAAAAAACAAUUUGAAAAAACACAACUUUCAUGGUUGUCUUUCAACUAAGUAACUGCAAUGCAUACAUUAUAAAUAAAUGUAAGGGGAAGAAAAAAAAAAUCAAAACGUUCUACAAGCAAUAUCCCACAAUUCCAGCAUGGCUGAAACAAUAAGUGGCCUUAAAUCCAAACCCUACAUUUUGGAGUGUGACCACAGCUUUUACAAACCUUUAAGAUACUGUAGAUUCUUGAAGCUGGUGCAUCAGAAAGCCCGAUUCAUGCUGAACACUUCUGGAUAACUCAAGUUAAAAUUGCCCUUAAAACAUGUUCUGUGUAAGAUUAAGUUGCCUACUAUCUUGUCCAGUGAGGUGAGAAACACUCUUCGUCAGGAGUGAGAACUCGGCAUAAGAAAAACACAAGGCCUUAUAGUUAAGGUUUUUUCUUUUUUUUUGCAACUCAAGCUAAGGGAGGGUUACUGGCAUUAAUCACAGAACUCUUCAACUCUAAAAGGAA